CAACAAUCCAGCACAACCGGCUCUGUGCCAAACCGACACGAUGCUUCAGACGCUGAGACAGGCGACGCGGCUAUCGAUCGCAGCGAGAUAUGCGUGCGCCGUCGCUGGGCCGAGCACGCCUCGGGCCCGCGUCCGGCCGUCCUCAUCCUCGGCACCCUCCAGCGGCAAGCCGCUCGUGGUCCUCGGCCUCGAGUCGUCCGCGGACGACGCGUGCGCCGCUGUCGUCAGCAGCGACCGGCGUAUCCUGUCCAACGUUGUGCGCAAACAGCAUCACAUCAACGCACAGUACGGUGGCAUCCAGCCGCGCCAGGCGCACGAGGCGCAUAUCCGCACCAUGCCGGGGGUCAUCGCCGAGGCGCUCGACUCGGCCGGCCUGAGCAUCGGCGAGGUCGACGCAAUAGCAUACACCCGCGGUCCGGGCAUGUUUGGCUGCCUGUCCGUCGGGGUCAACUCGGCACGCGCGAUGGCCGCGGCGACACAGAAACCCGUGCUCGGUGUGCACCACAUGCAAGCGCAUGCACUGACUGUGCUGUUGACCGAGGAGGAACCGCCAGCGUUUCCGUUCCUCACGCUCCUCGUUUCGGGGGGACACUCGAUCCUCGUGCUGGCGGAACGGCUGGACUCGUACAAGAUCCUCCUCGACACGCUGGACAGUGCGGUUGGCCAGUCAAUAGACAAAGUCGCGCGCCUCCUCCGCCUCCCGCACUCGACUACCACCGGCCUCGGACCCGUAUUGGAGAAGUACGCCUCCGCACCCCCUCUCCCGCCGUACGACACGGCCCCGCUGCCGCGAGGCGCGCGCCCGCUGUCCCAGCUCAAGGCGAGCGAGGCGGCGCUGUCCUUCGCUGGACUGUACCCCGCUUUACAGGUCCGCGAGCUGCAUCCCGACAUUGACAACUCGGCGCCUCCUGAAGCGGUCCAGCGGGAGGUUGCGCGCGUGUUCCAGACCGCCGCGUUUGACCACCUCGCCUCGAAGAUCGCGCUCGUGAUGCGGGGACUCGAGACGCCAGUCAAUGGCCUCGUCGUGUCCGGCGGCGUGGGGAGCAAUCUUGCUCUGAGAGAGCGCCUCCGCACCAUGCUCGACGAGGUGGCUCCCAAUGACACGCCUGUGCCACUUUACUACCCCCCAAUCGCUCUGUGUACCGGUACGUGCACGCCCAAGUUGCGCCCGCUGACCACAGACAACGCCGCCAUGAUCGCAUGGGUCGGUAUCCUACGCCUCCAAGCGGGGCUCAAGGGUGAACCGCUCGACCUCGAGCUGCGUAAAACUUGGUCCCUCGAGGACCUGUACGACGAUGUGCCGGCGUCGUGCUAUGAUCCAUAG